UUAGAUGGAUCGUCCUAGAUAUUCGGUUGAUAUAGGUAACCUCGAGCGCAACCGAACGAAAGAGCUUGCGAGGAAGAGAUCCCGCAAAGACCAACCGAGGACCAUUGACGAAGAAGAGCUCGAGGACGACGAUGUGGAGGAAGUAAUUCCGGAGAGCCACGACGACGACGACGAGGAAGGUGGCGGCAGCCACGACGCCGACGAGCCUGCCUCAUCCCAAACCGGUACGAAAAAAAGUAAAUCUGAACUAAUGGCUAAUAAUUUUUCUAAGUGGAAGGAGCCGAACACCGGGAACUGGACCGCAACUUGCAGUUGGUGCAAGAAAAACUAUAGCUUGGGGAUUUGCGGCGGAUACGGAUCCGCUACAAGACAUCUUAAGUCCAAACACCCGGUGAAGUAUGAAAAAUUAGGUGGCGGAACGGGGAAGCAAACUCAAAUAUCGAGGUUUGCAAAUAACCAACAAGCUUUUGGUAAUUUCUCAUACAAUGAAGCACAAAAUUUGACUGGUAUGGCUAACUUACUUGUUGAAGAAAAUUUGCCUUAUUUGUUUUUUGAAAGUCCUGCUUUUCGUGAUUAUAGAGGUUAUAGUCGCAAAACGGUUAAGAAAGAAAUUUCAAGGCUUUAUGGUGCGGAAAAGGUAAGGUUACAAAAUUAUUUUGCAAACUUUGAUGGGCGUGUUACUGUAUGUUCUGACAUAUGGGAGGAUACUUAUCAUAAUUUACAUUACUUGAGUGUGACUGGACAUUAUAUUGAUAGUGAUUGGCAUAUGCAUAAACGUGUUCUUGCUUUCCGCGAAUUUAAUGAUCGUCACACCGCUGAACAUAUUUAUAUUUUGAUUGAGCAUAUUUUAAUUGAGUAUAAAUUAAUUGAUAAGGUGUUUGCUAUUGGUUUUGAUAAUGCUACUAAUAAUACUGCUGCUAUUCCUAAAUUGCGUGAAUUGUGUGGUUCUACUUCUUUGAUGGGUAGAUUUUUUCAUCAAAAAUGUGCAUGUCAUGUUCUAAAUUUAUGUGUGCAAGAUGGUCUAAAAGCGUU